UUGUUUCUUCCUGGUUUUAUUGGUAAACUCUGGAGUGGCGUUAGCACAUUUUGUUUCCAAAAAAAGCCAGUUAAGUAAUACCGUCCAGUUAACACUGGAAGCUCAACAUGCAAGAACAUCUUAAGGAAGAAGAUGGACCUCUUCCACCGUCGUCUUUGCGUCUUUUUGUUCCUCCACUGCGUCUGGCGUCUGCAGCUCUGUGGCAAGUUGUUCAGCGGAGAGACAUAAUGGACUAUGGCUUGGUGGAGGAGUUUGUCACCACUGUGUUGGAGGUAGUUCCUGAUCUGAUGAGUUACAGGGAGCGAGUCCAACUCAUCAUGGGGCUGCGGGCACAGCUGGUUCUGGAGUUGUGUCGCACAGAUCACCUAGCUGACCCCGACACCAUCCAGCCACACCUGAACAGGCUUAGAUCCUGUGUCAUCACUCAUAGGGAAAAGGAGAUUCCUGAUCCAGAGGUGGAGGCAUCAGAAUCCAACUUCCUGAAGCUGAUUCAAAGCCUGCUAGAAGACCCAAUUGGGAGAGAACACUUCUUCCAGAAUGUUUAUUCAGAGGAAUUCGGCCUCAAGUAUGACUCCGCACUGCAGAGUCUGGUGUGGGAGUUCCUGUCUAGGCUGGAGAAGUUACUUCCAACACCAACCCUUCAACAGACUGCAUCUUGGUUUCUACCAGACCCUUCUAUCCUGGAGGACUGUGUGCAGUUUGUGUGUCAUCCCGAGCCUUUGAAGACCCUACUCCAGUACCAAAACAACACAUAUGAAUAUGUGGACACCAACGCUCUAUCUUCGGUCGACUACAUCCUCUCAUCGCUGUCGCUCUCACCACUAAAGACAGUUGUGAUCUUUCCAGAUCAAACUGACCCAGAGAUCAAACCAGAACCCAUGGAGGAACCUUUGCCAUAUGAACAUAUGAACAUUCAAAGCCCAGCCUCAUCUGACAACGAUUCAGAAAUGCUUCCUUUGUUGGAGUCAGAUUACGUGAAGAGCGUAGAAGGGGUGCAUUCAGACGGACAUUUGAAUGUUGAGAUUUUGUCUUUACAAAUUCAAGGUUCAGAAGAGGUGUGUAUACACAAGGAAACUACUGAGGGAGACCUUAAACACGCGACAGUUGACAAAGAGUCAGCAAGAGAGAGAGAACUAGAUGGAUCUUUUCACCAACCUCAGACUGACAGUGGGCUAACAAUACAAAAACCUCACAGCAUCCAACAGAAAGUGCAGGACAGUUCCAGUUUGUCAACUUCCUGUCUGCUCCGUCAGCCCACGGUGCUGCUGCACCGACUUGACAUGACUGAUGUGCCGUUACCUGUGUCAUCUCCAACAUUGAGUCCAACAUUGAGGAGAAAGAGGCUACAAAUGAAAAAAGGGCGAUACCAAGGACAGAGAGCGGGAUGGGUCAUAUCACCAGAAAGUAAGAGGAAUGCUAAUGGAAAGCCACCACCAGAGACUGAACAAGACAGUGUAACCUCAGACAAUGAUGCUCCCAAGAAAAGGAAAGCUGGUAGAGGCCUAGAGGAAGUGACACUGCACCACCACAUCAAGGACUUUCACUCAGAGGAGUGCAGUGGACAGAACAGAGAACCUUUUGACAGUAUGCCUCAGUAUUCUUUGGCCCCUGACCUAUCCCAUGUAAUUGGGCAGUCUACUAGAAGCAAGCGGGUCAAAAUGUGCUCCUUAUGUAGAAUGACCUUCUUUGGAGCAAAGGAUUUGACGGCACACAUGAGAUCUCAUACUGAGCAGAGUCCUUACCAGUGUACCCAGUGUUUGCAAAGCUUUGAACAUGAGGAGGACUUACACAAACAUCAACAGAUUGGGUGUGAGGUGGCAACUCAACCAGAAGAGGACAACAUGUCUACGGCAUCUUUUGAAGAGGAUAACAUGUCUGCAACAUCUUUUGAGGAUGGGAUCGAGGCAUCCCAGCCCAAUGGCACUUCGCCCCUGAGCCCAACAACUUCUAACGUUCGUCCCAAUCCUAAAGAGUUUUCCAAAGCCAGAACUUGCCAUGUGUGUCAGGAAACUUUCCAAAGUGCAUAUUUAAUGAGAAAGCACCUGAAUUCCAAACACGAUCAGCUCCCUUACCAGUGCUGCGACUGUGGAGAACAUUUCAAGAGGAAGUUUCAUUUAAAGGAACAUAAGAAAUUGUGCUUGGCGGCGAGCUCAACAACUUCCAACAUUUGUCCCACUCCAGAUCCGUCUUCCAAAGCCAGAAAUUGCAGUUUGUGUAACAAGACUUUUGACAGUCCAUAUUUUAUGAGAAAGCACCUCAAAUCCAAACAUGAUCAACUCCCUUACCAGUGCCCGGGCUGUGGAGGAAAUUUCCAAAGAAACUUCCAUUUGAAGGAGCAUAAAAAAGAGUGCUUGGUGGCGAAGAGUCUCCUCUCUUGCUCUCUGUGUGACAAAACUUUCAUUGAAGCAAGCAAUUUGACAAAACACAUGAGAUCUCACACUUACCAGUGCACCAAGUGUUUGCAAAGCUUUGAACGCCAGGAAGACUUACAGAAACAUCUGCAGAAUGUGUUUGAAGAGCCAGCUCAAUUUGAAGAGGACAACACGUCGAUGCCAUCUUUUGAGGAUGGGACAGAGACAUCCCAGCCCGACGACACUUCCAAUGUCCUUGCAACUCGAAAGGAGUCUUCCAGAGCCAGAACGUGCCGUUUGUGUCACAAAACUUUUGACACUAUACAUUUCAUGAAAAAGCACCUGAAUUCCAAACAUGCUCAGCUCCCUUACCAAUGCCUCCACUGUGGAGAAAACUUCAGGAAGAAGUUUAAUUUGAAAGAACAUCAGAAAGAGUGCCAUAAACCCACUCCAACACAGUUGUCCAAUGCCAGAACAUGCCGUGUGUGUCACAAGACUUUUGUUAGUGUACAUUUAAUGAGAAAGCACCUCAAAUCCAAACAUGAUCUGCUCCCUUACCAGUGUCUCGGCUGUGGAGACCAUUUCUACAAAAAUUCUCACUUGCUGAAACAUGAGAAAGUUUGCUCAGCGGCAAAGAGGCUCCUCACUUGUUGUGAGUGUGGUAAGACUUUUAAGCUCUCUCAGCUUAAGAGGUGUAACCAGGUGAACCAACAGCAGGCUGCUAGGGGGGGUCACCAAGAGACCAACACGACUCUAAUAGUGGAAAAUGGGAUGGAGAUACCCCAGUCCUUCAGCACAACACCCCAGAACCCAACAACCUCCAAUGCUCUCACAAUUCAAGGGCAAUCCUCCACAAUAGCCAACCAUUAUGAAACAUGUCUUUUGUGUAAUGAAACGUUUGAAAAUGGAGAGAAUCUGAGAAAACAUGUGAAAUUCCAACAUGAUGAACGUACGUACGUGUGCCUUGUUUGCGGGGAGACAUUCCAAAUCAAAUCUGAACUACAGAAACAUUCUGACAUUCAUUUGGGCUCCAGAAAGUGUCCUUUGUGUGUUAAGAAUACUUCUCAAUCAACGCUGCAGCACGUUCAGAGACAACAGCAAGACUCGAGGGUGUCAAGUGAGGGAGUCAACCCAAACCAGCACCAAAGGGAUGUUGAUCCAGCAGGUGGCAGCAGCUCGCUGGCACCAAGGGAACAUGAGACAAAUACCCCCCAGCCUUCAACCUAUCUAUGUGAUACAUGUGGUAAAGACUUCCCAUCUCUGUGCCGAUUUAAAAGACAUUUGCAAGUACAUACAGGAGAGCAGCCUUUUCCUUGCACGGAUUGUGGCAAAUGUUUUACUUGCAAGGGUAGUCUGAAAAUCCAUCAACGCCUUCAUACAGGAGAGCGGCCAUUUGCGUGCACUUUGUGCCAACAAUGCUUUAUCACAAAUAAACACCUAAAAAGACAUAUGUUUACUCACACAAAGGAAAAGCCUUUUCAGUGUUCAGCUUGUGGGAAAACCUUCAAAACGAAACAAGGUUGGAGCAGUCAUCAACAAUUUAGGCGUUGUUACCUGGAAAAACAUACUAGAGCAAGUUUUCUAGGGAAUCAGAAGGACUUACAAAAACAUCAGCAGAUUGGGAGCGAGGAGGCAGCUCAACCAGAAGAGGAUAACAUGUCUACAACGUCUUUUGAGUAUAAGACAUCCCAGGCCCAUGGCACUUCAGCCCAGAGCCCAGACACUUCUAAUGUUCGUCCUACCCCAAGACAGUCCUCCAAAGCCAGGACGUGCCACUUGUGUCAUGAAAUCUUCCAUAGUGGAUAUUUAAUGAGAAAGCACCUGAAUUCCAAACAUGACCAGCUCCCUUACCAGUGCUGCGACUGUGGAGAACAUUUCAAGAGGAAGUUCAAUUUGAGGGAACAUAAGGCAGAGUGCCAUUUUACGCCUUCCUCCAAAGCCAGAAAAUGCUCUUUGUGUAACAAGACUUAACAGUCCAUAUUUAAUGAGAAAGCGCCGCGACUGUGGAAAUUUUUUAAGCUGAAGUUUAAUUUGAAAAAGCAUAAGAAAAAAUGCCCCACUCUGAAAAGACAUUAGCGAGUACACGCUGGAGAGCAGAAUCCUUGCACAGAUUGUAGCAAACACUUUACUUUGAAGGGUAGUUUGAAAACCCACCAACUCCUUCAUACAGAAGAGCAGCCAUUUGCCAGUUUGGCGUCGUAACCGAAUUCAGUUGGGCAAAUGCUCACCAUUUAUUCACUGCACGCUGUGCUCUUCACGGAUGAAUCCCUGUUUCAACCGUAAUGAUGGCAGAUGGCAGACCCACGUGUAUGACGUCAUGUGGGCGAGCAGUUUGCUGAUGUCAUCAGUGUGCCCCAUGUUGGUGGUGGGGGUUAUGGUAUGGGCAGGCAUAAACUACAGACAACAAACACAACUGCAUCUUAUCGAUGGCAAUUUGAAUGCACAGAGAGAUACCAUGACAAGAUCCUGAGUCCAAUUGUCGUGCCAGUCAUCUGCCGCCACCACCUAAUUUUUCAGCAUGAUAAUGCACAGCCCCAUGUUGCAAGGAUCUGUACAAACUUCAGAGAGAGAGAGAGAGAGAGACACACACACACACACACAGAGAGACACACACACAGAGAGACACACACACACACACAGAGAGACACACACACACACAGAGAGAGACACACACACACACAGAGAGAGAGACACACACACACAGAGAGAGAGACACACACACACACACACAGAGAGAGACACACACACACACACAGAGAGAGAGAGACACACACACAGAGAGAGAGAGACACACACACAGAGAGAGAGAGACACACACACAGAGAGAGAGACACACACACAGAGAGAGAGACACACACACAGAGAGAGAGACACACACACAGAGAGAGAGAGACACACACACAGAGAGAGAGACACACACACAGAGAGAGAGAGACACACACACACAGAGAGAGAGAGACACACACACACAGAGAGAGAGACACACACACAGAGAGAGAGACACACACACAGAGAGAGAGACACAGAGAGAGAGAGAGAUCCAGUGUCGGCCAAUAUCUAGCAUACCCAUUGAAGAGGAGUGGGACAACAUUCCACAGGCCACAACAAACAGCCUGAUCGACUCUAUGCGAAGGAAAUGUGUUGCGCUGCAUGAGGCAAAUAGUGGUCACACCAGGUACUGACACGUUUUCUGAUCCACGCCCCUAUCUUUUUUUUAUUUUAUUAUUAAGGUAUUUGUUAUCAUCAGAUGCAUAUCGAUAUGCCCAGUUAUGUGAAAUCCAUCAUUAGGGCCUAAUGAAUUUAUUUCAAUCGACUGAUUUCUUUACAUGAACUGUAGUAAAAUCUUUGAAAUUGU